UCUAAUAAAUUCUCCUCUCUCUCUCUCUUCCUCACACACUCUCUCUCUAUCUGUAACUAGCCAGGCAUGGCGGACAGAGACGUUCAUCUCCACUAGUGCACCAGUCUGCACGAAGUGUAGGAGCGGUUACGACUUUUUCUCCGAAUUACUUCCUUCGGCUUCGGUUUUGCCUCUCUUUUCUGUUCCGUUUCUGUUUGCGAAAGAGUUCAGAGACCAGUGAUUCUUAGGUCAAAGGAUGGCUUCGAUCUUCAUCUAGCCAUCGGGUCCUUAACUAUUUCGAUAUGGGGUUUUCCGGCGGUGUUGCUUCCAAGGUGAAAAGGCUCUUCUUUUCGUGGCAGGUGAAGGAGAACAGUCCGGAUAAUUCCAAGAUCGUUAACUCUGGACUUGUUUUUGGUGCUACGGAUUUUGGAAGUAAACAGGAUAUGUUCUUUGACACACGGGGAUGGUUGGAUUCUGAUUGUGAAGAUGACUACUACAGUGUGAAAGGAGAAUUUACUCCUUCCAGAGGUAGUACCCCUAACCGCUAUUUUGGUACUGUGGGAACACCUCAAGUGAAUGGUAAAGCAUUCAAUGAUGACAUGUUUCCUGAUAGUAGAUCUGAGCAUUCUCCCACUGAGAAAAAGAAACUAGCUGAGCUUCUCCAAGAUUCUCUGAGUGAGCAGGUAGGCAAUGAGCUUACCAGCGGUGAGAACAAGUUUGAAGGUGUUGGAAAGUCAGAUGAAGAAACAAAUGGUAAAGCAGAUAUUCAAGAUGUCGAAACAAAUCAACUUUUAAGUUCGUCCGGGACGCCGAAACGGAAGAAAGAGAAGUCAGGUUUAAGUGCUGCAUGUUGCAUUCCAGGCUUGGUACCAAGCAUCACCUCAAGGAAGCAAAAGACGGCCCCUUGCCAUUAAAGGUUUAACUUGCUGCAUGUUGCAUUCCAGGCUUGGUACCGAGCAUCACCUCAAGGAAGCAAAAGACGACCCCUUGCCAUUGAAGGUACAGCCAAAGGAGCAACACUUGAUCUGCACUUGAAAAAGCUAUUACAACUUUGCGUUGGAAGUUUGUAAGUUUUGAAUCUUUAUAUUUUUCUUCAAGUCUGAUGUUUUAAAGUUCAGUGUCUUCAUACUUUGAAAUUAGUAGAUGAUCUCCCUAUUUGAUCGAUUAUGGGAAUGCAAAUCACAGUUAAGUGGGGAUAUUUGUAUAGAGCCGAUCUAUUAUCUUUGCCUGAGUAUAUGUUUGCAGAAACCAUGUUCAUUAUAAUUCCUUUUCCCUUGAUUCAGUUUGUCAUUUAUCAA